GCAAAUGAAGAGCCCAAUGCAAAUCAAGGUGUGAAGAGAACUGUUCUUGAGGCUUUUACCCCUGCAGUUUCAUCACCCCCACCACUAGGAAGGGACAAAUCAACAAGCACUACCACCAGGCCCUCAAAACUGAAAUCAAGAAGAAUAGCUAGAAACAAAAGCCUUAACACUUUAACUGGUUUUGGCUGCUAUGUUGAUGUUAAUACUGGGGCAAAGACUUUAAAUCCUGGGAUGAGGAGUGAACAUGUUGUUUCUGAGGUGCAAGCUGGGAUGCCACAUGAUCCUGAUGUUACAGUUAGAUAUGUUAUUCCUAAUGAGAAGGAAAUAAGAGCUGCUGCCCGGAAUUAGAAAUCUGUCAAUGAGCCAAGAUACAGAGAUAUAACAUUUAAGGGUGAUGGAGCACAUGUACAACAGCCCACCAACCUACCUUUCAAAGCCCCUGGUUUGCAAUGGAAGGGUAGCCCAGCUCUCACAUCAGGCCAAUUGAGACAUAUAGAAGGUGCAAAGGAGGAGGGAACCUAGCACUGGGACCAGUGAUAGUCAACAAAGAAAUUAAUUAUCAUGUAUAAGUACUUUUGUGUAAGUGUUUAAGUAGUUUAACAAACUGGUAGCCUUUCCAACCACCUGAUUUGGAUUCAAUGUGCUAGUUUAACAAACUGGUAGCCUUUCCAACCACCUGGUAGGUGGCAACACUGGCUUUAUGGCUUUACAUUUCACUCUUAGAACAAAGGCCCUUUAUCAGUUUUACAUGUGCUAAAUCUGAGGUUGAAUAUUUAUAUGAAUGCUGUAACA